CUAAGUUAUUGCCUUUUUUGACAUAUUAUUUCGGAAAAAAAAUUUAUUAGCAAUUAAUUUUAAGGCAUCAAUUUUAUAUUCAAUAUAUAUAGCUUAAAAAUAUUUUACAAUGCCUCCAAAAUCCCAACAAGUUUUAUUUAAAGAGAAAACGCCAUUCAAAUUUAAAUUUCCAACUGUUGAAUUUCGUAGAGCUAUUCGAUGUGGUGACAUUCAUACAAUCGAAAAAUGUUUGGAUGUAGAAAGGGUAAAUCCAAAUGCAUUAUUUGUGGGUAAACAAACUGCUCUACAUAUUGUAGCCGAACAUGGAAUGUACGAAAUUGCUAAAAGACUCUUAGCAAACAGAAAAACCAAAAUCGAUCCAGUCUCUUUACAUGGAUUCACGCCAUUGAUGCUUGCAUCGCAAGUGGGCAAUAUACAAAUGAUGCAACUGUUAUUACAUUAUAAGGCUCAAAAAGGUAAACAGGAUUUUCAUGGACGAACAAUAUUACAUUGGACUGUAUUACAACGAAAUUUGUAUGCAACAUAUUUCCUAUUAAGAAAUCGAUUUGAUCCAAAUGUUAUGGAUAUUUAUGGACAUACUCCUCUUUAUUUAGCUGCAACAGUCAUAGCUAAUUUUCAAAUAGUUAGAAUUUUGUUAAAAUAUAAGGCGGAUCCAUUAAUGAGCCAUUGUCCAAAUCUCAAUUCAUUUUUUGAGUUAUGCCUGGUUGCUAAUAGUAAAGAUCAUGAAAAUAUUCUUCGCUAUAUGUUAAGAUAUAUUCCUAAUGUAAAUGUUGUGUCUGGAAAAUUUCGUAUGCAAUGCGCUCUUCACAUGGUUGCUAUUACAAAUUAUUUGCCAAUAGCAAAGAUUUUACGGGAUAAGGGUGCAGACUGUUUACAAAAAGACUUAAUUGGGCGAACACCUAUUGAUUUAGCCACAGCCCUAAAUAAUCGUGAAAUGGUUUACUUUUUAACCCACUAUUCGCCUGCGGGUAGAGUUAGAUUGCGUUCAGAAUUAUAG